AUGCCUCUCUGUUCCGAUGGUAAUUUUAGUGGCUCCGUGGCUCUUCCCCAAUAUCCGCACCGACCAAUGUGCGCCCGGACUCCCGCGCUCAAUGAAGUAGCCCAUGCGAGAUGGAGACCUGUCUAUCCUCAAUUUUCUUCGGUAUCUGCUCGCCCCGUGUUGAUCAUUGGUCUGGACACCGAGGACCACCGACCCGGAGUCUGCCUUGGCUUGCCCUAA